CUGAGCCCUACUCAUGGGAAGGGGAAAGAGCAGAUAUCCGGAGCCUAGUGGCCCUAAAUCUAAUUUAUCAUCGUCUCUCUCAACGCAUAAGUAGUAUUUUUUACUUUCUUCGAAACAGAACCUAGUUGAGUUUGCUUCCUGUUUGUGAAUUUUAUUACUCUGCUUCGGUUUAGUACGUUACUUUCCCCGGUGUGUUGAAAAUCUCAUUCUGUGCGUUCUUUGGGAGAAUCUAGGGAGUUUUUACACAGGCUCCAACUUGCAGAAUUCUCAACGAGGAAUUAUUCAGCAGGAAGUCAAUAGGUCUCACACACAACACUUUUGUUUAUGAAGUAGGCGUAAAAGAAAGAGUUUGGGUUGCUGACUGCUGUAAACAGUACUGAUGCAUAGUUUUUUAUCCAACCUAAUUUUUCAUGGAUAAUCUCCAGAAUAUCUUCUAUUUCCUAGCAUGAGCAUUUGUCUACAAAUGCAAUCCUGUGCUUUACUUUUAAAUUCUACUUUGUUGAAGCUUCACAGGUCGUCAGAUCUGUGGAUGAGCUCCAAUUAAGGCAUGGAGACACAUAUUGUCUUCCCAACCAUGCAUGGCGUCUUUUCUCCCUCUUCUCGUCUAACCUUUACGAAGUGCGAAAUAUCUGAAUCCAGAUGCAAGCAUAGAAGAUUUCUAAAAGCUGCUAAAACUUUGAAUUUGACGAUUCUGAAGCACUCAAGUGUGACUGAGGAAAUUUCUCGUGAAAAUUACAACAUUUUGAUCCGUAAGCAUUGCAAAGAAGGAAAUGUUGAUAAGUGCAUGGAGUUACUUGCUCAAAUGGAAUCUCUAGGGUUUCAUCCAAAUGCUACGUCUUAUAAUAUUUUGAUCGAGUCUCUAGGAGAUGUAGGUCGCACUCUCGAAGCUGAUUCAAUUUUCCAAGAGAUGAAAAAAUCUGGAUUUGAGCCUAAAGUUAGGGCGUACAAUGUCCUUCUUAGAGGAUUUCUUCGGAAGGGGCUUUUAGGACUUGCGUAUAAUGUGCUCAACGAAAUGUAUCAAACAAACAUAGCUAGGAAUCAAGAAACUUUUGAACUUCUUCUUGAAUAUUAUGUUGGUGCUAGAAGACUGGAAGACACUUGGUUUGUAAUCGCUGAAAUGAAGGCAGAGGGGUUCAGUUUGAACUCCCAUAUAUAUAGCAAAGUUAUUGGUCUUUAUAGGGAUAAUGGGUUGUGGAGGAAAGCGUUAGAACUCAUGAGAGAAAUGACAGAGACGAAAAUUCCACUUGAUAGACGGGUUUACAACAGUAUUAUUGAUACAUUUGGGAAGUAUGGUGAGUUAAAUGAAGCAGUAACAAUGUUUAGGAACAUGCAAAGGGAAGGCAUUAAACCCGACAUCGUGACAUAUAAUUCCUUAAUUCGAUGGCAUUGUAAAAGUGGGAAUGUCGAAAUGGCUCUAGAAUUUUUCACUCAGAUGCAAGAAGAAGGAUUAUAUCCUGAUCCUAAGAUUUUCGUUGCAAUUAUUAGCCGCUUAGGGGAAGAAGGGAAGUGGGAUUUGAUUAAGAAGAACUUUGAGAAUAUGAAGCAUAGAGGACUUUGGAGAAGUGGAGCAAUUUAUGCUGUUCUGGUUGAUAUCUAUGGGCAAUACGGUAGAUUUCAGAAUGCUGAAGAGUGUGUGCUGGCUUUGAAGUCUGAAGGAGUACAGCUUUCAGCGAACAUGUUUUGUGCAUUAGCAAAUGCUUACGCUCAACAGGGAUUAUGCGAACAAACUGUGAAGGUUCUUCAGCUCAUGGAAACUGAAGGAAUUGAACCAAACCUCAUAAUGCUGAACCUGUUGAUAAACGCAUUUGGUAUUGCUGGGAGACAUUUGGAGGCACUAUCAAUUUUUCAUCACAUAAAAGAAAUUGGCAUUAGUCCUGAUGUGGUUACCUACAGCACGCUUAUGAAAGCUUUUAUUAGGGCAAAAAAGUUUGACCAGGUUUUGGGAAUUUAUGAGGAAAUGCAAUCUGCUGGAUGCACUCCCGAUAGAAAGGCAAGAGAAUUGUUGCAGACAGCUUCGGGGGUCCUUGAAAAAAGACAAGGCCGUGGCUCUAAAUCGUAACACAGCAGACACACAAAACUCUUGCUAGCCUUAUGAAGGAGGAUUAUCUCACAAAAGUGGAGGAAAUCACUGAAUUUAGGCAAACUAAUUACAAGUGAGAACCUGCGUAGAUACCUUGCUUGUAAUGGUGAAAUCUUGUCUUUUAACCAUCCUAUUGGUCACCCAGACGGAAAAUUUUCUAUCACUGUCAAGGCAAGUAUCAGAUUCAGACAAACCCAUUAGAUUUAGUUUUAAUGCAGAGAAUGAAAUGGGUCUGGUUAAUGGGUUGAACUUUUAAUUUCAUAAUUUUCCAUA